UUCCAAGAUGGCUGCCGACAACCUACCCACCGAGUUCGAUGUUGUGAUACUGGGGACAGGCCUCUCCGAGUCUGUCAUUGCCGCUGCCUGCGCCCGCGUGGGACAGAGGGUCCUGCAUGUUGACAGGAGAAGCUACUAUGCAGCAAAUUGGGCCAGUUUCACGUUCAAUGGGCUCCUGUCCUGGAUUGACGAUAACAAACAGGGAGGUCAGAGCCCCGAGGAGGUGCUGGACUGGAGCGGGAAGGUGGAGAGUGGAGAGGACAUCCUGCCGCUGAGCACUAUGGACACAUCCAUUUCCAACCUCGAGGUGUUCUGCUACACCAGUGAGGAGCCAGAGGAAGAUGAGGAAGAGAAGAAGGAAGAUGCAACUCCCAUUUCCACACUGAGCCCAGCUCCGCAAUCUGAGGGUGAAGAGGGGAACCAGGCCACCAGCCCCACGGACAACCGGAGAAAUCACGAGGGAGAAACCACUUUGGACAUACUCUCAGAGAGUCCCCCAGAGCAGCAGGACCAAGAAGAAUGUGCCCCACUUGCAGAGGAUCAGCAGAUACUAAGCAGUGAUGGAGAGCCUCAGGGUGAAGAGCAGCUCUCCGGCUCGGCCCCCACGCAGGCCAAGAAGAAGAAGAUCAGCUAUACGAAGAUUGUGAAGGAAGGUCGCAGGUUCAAUAUUGACCUAGUGUCCAAGCUCAUGUACUCCCGCGGCUUGUUGGUGGACCUGCUCAUCAAAUCCAACGUCAGCAGAUACGCGGAGUUCAAGAACGUUAGCCGCAUCCUCACCUACCGCCAAGGCAAGGUGGAGCAGGUGCCUUGCUCUCGAGCUGAUGUCUUUGGUAGUAAGGAGCUGACAGUGGUGGAGAAGAGGAUGCUGAUGAAAUUCCUCACCUUCUGCCUGGACUACGAACAGCAUCCAGAGGAGUAUCAGGAUUUCACUGAAAGGUCAUUCUGGGAGUUCUUGCAGAACAACAUGCUGACAGAGAACCUCCAGCACUUUGUCUUGCACUCCAUUGCCAUGGUACCUCGAGAGACGCACACGGAGGAGGGUCUAAGGUCCACACAGCAUUUCCUGCGGUCACUCGGGCGCUACGGCAAUACACCAUUCCUCUUCCCCAUCUACGGCCUGGGAGAAAUCCCACAGUGCUUCUGCAGGAUGUGCGCUGUCUUUGGGGGGAUCUACUGCCUUCGCCACUCUGUGCAGUGCCUGGUCUUGGACAAGGAGUCUGGUCGGUGUAAAGCAGUGAUUGACACAUGUGGACAGCGAAUCAGCUGCAGUCACUUUGUGGUUGAGGACGGCUACAUCAGGGAGGAGCAGCGUAAGGGCGUCGAGCACAAGCACAUCUCGCGAGCGGUGCUCAUCACAGACGGGUUGCUGCUGCAGUCUGAGUCGGAGCAGCAGAUCUCUCUGGUCACUGUACCCCCCCUGGAGCCCGGCGCACCGGCGGUCCGACUUGUGGAGCUGUGCUCAUCCACCAUGACCUGCAUGCCUGGCACCUACUUGGUGCACCUCACCUGUCCCUCAUCUGGAUCAGCCCGGGAGGACCUGCAGCCCGUUGUGUCCAGAUUGUUCACGAAACCUGCCAGCGCUGGAGAAGAAGGUGACGGAAGCGACGAGAGGCCGGCUGUGCUGUGGGCCGUGUAUUUUAACAUGAGGGACUCGACGGCGGCGGACCGCAGCGGCUACGACCUGCCCGGCAACGUGCACGUGUGUUCGGGGCCGGACGCCGCGCUCGGCAGCGACCACUCCAUCAGACUGGCGCAGGAGGUGUUCCGCCAGCUCGCCCCACACGAGGAGUUCUGCCCCCCGGCCCCGAACCCGGAAGACAUCGUGUAUGAUGGGGACGGUGGGCAGGGAGAGGGGGCCGGAUUCAGCGAGGCGGCCCAAGCCGAGGAGGGUGCGGCAGAGGAGGCGGAAGAGUCGAAAGAAAAGGAGGCAUCGCAGGAGUCCUCCCCUGUGGAGGUGGGCGAAAUGCCCGAUCCUCCUCCUGCUCCCCUCGCCGAGGAGUAGCUGGUGGGGUUCUGCUCCACGGCAUCUUCCCCGUUAUGUACGGCAGCCAGUCGAAGGGUCCCGGGUUCCGGCAACAUCGCAAAAACCACUCUGAGCAUCUUAAGUACCCAGCCCAGAUUUUUGCACGUUUCUUUCUACAUCUGCAACAUGUAUGUCCAGAUAUAUAAAAUAUGCAUUUUCCCAGGCGCUGCAACGACAAUAUAGCAAAUAUAUAUUCGUUAUUUUGCAGAUUAGUCGGUGUAUGUUCUUUCAUCGCUUGGCAAAAUAAUGCCAGGUCUCAUAUGUUUUUAACAGUGGCUGCUUCGUAAAAAGGCUGCAAGGAAUAACACAGCUGUUGUCUUUGCAUAUCCCUUGUUUUCCACAUUCAUGAUUCUUUUGUGUGGCUUUUACUACAUUCCCGCUCUUUUUUCUGACUUUAAUCCGUUUCUCUUUCUGUCUCUUGGCCUCUAUCGUUGUUCCUCGGGUAUACCGGUGGGAGAAGCCAUCAGCUGGAUGAUGUUGGACACAUAUUUUUCCUCCUCAUUCCAUCGUCGAAGUGUUUCCUGGGCUCAUUUCACUUUCCAUUCUUUUCCAUGCAGCGGGGGCGAUGGAAUCCCUGACCCGUGUUUCUGGCCGCCUCGCCUGCGCUACGUACAUGCGGCACCGAGUCGCGCUGCACACUUAACACACGCUUUCUUGUACACGGUUGUCCAGCGCCCACAUGCGUUCGCCCGCGGACUUCCUCAACGUGUGCUGAUGCUCAUCUGUUGGGAGGGCAGACGGUGAACGAUGAGCGUUUACUACUGGAGACGUUUUGCAGCUGCGCUCUCAUGCUGGUCGGCGGCUUGCCGACGGAGCGAGAGAUGUGACCCGGUUCCCGGCUGGGGCAGGUCCUCCCCCAAGGUCGGCCUGCCCGUCUCUCGCCGCGUUGUCCAGCGCUGCGCUCGUAGAAGUUGACCGAGGCGAUUGCAUGGAUCCCUGGAAAAUGCGAAAGCCUCACCCAGGUCCCGAGGGCUCGUCGCAAAGCCUUAAGAGACGUGCCUGCUGGAGGGAGAGCAGCUCUGCACCCACAGGACCUUCUUCCUUCCUCAUAAAUCUUGCAGCCAAGUGCCACUGAAUAGAGCAGUGGACCCCAACCCCAACCCCCUUUUUGCCUAAGAAUAUGCUUCUUUAUUUAUAUUAUCCAUGGAUCAUGCUUCCUAUAUUUAUCAUUUUUAUUGUUUUUGGUACAUGUUCAAAG